GCAGGCGGCCCCACGUGUCUCGGCAGCAUGGCGGCGGCGGCGGCGGCGAGCGGCAGGAGGGCCAAGGCCCCGCGCGGGGCCGCGGGACGGCGGCGGCCGCGCCCGGCGGUCCCGAACGCCCAGGGGAGACCGCGGGCGGCGGCCGGCCGGCCCGCCGACGAGGAGGUGUCCAGCGACUCCGAGACGGAGAGCCUGUCGUUGGGGCGGCGGCGGCGAGAGGCGGCGGCGGCGGAGGAGGAGGUGGAGGAGACGCCGCAGGAGAAGAAGCUGCGCCUGGCCAAGCAGUACCUGGAGGAGCUCCGCCAGCUCGAGGAGGAACGGGCGGAGGAGGAGGAGGAGGAAACCCAGCCGGCGGAUCUCAUCGGCGACCGACUGAAGGAGGACGUGCUCGAGCAGAAGGGCCGGCUGCAGCGCCUGGUCGCCAAAGAUGUGCAGCCUCCGGAUCCAGCCAGCAUCCGUGUGCUGCGGGGACACCAGCUGCCUGUCACCUGCCUGGUCAUCUCUCCCGAUGACAAGUUCAUCUUUUCUGCAUCCAAGGACGGCUCCCUCAUCAAAUGGGAGGUGGACAGCGGGAAGAGGCUGUGCGUGGUGCCCGGGGGGAAGAAGGGCACGGAGGAGCGGCACAUGGGACACGCAUCCCACAUCCUCUGCAUGGCCAUCUCAUCGGAUGGCAAGUACCUGGCCACAGGAGACAGGAACAAGUUGAUCAUGAUCUGGGACACAGCCACCUGCAAGCGCCUGCACAUCUUCACAGGGCACCGUGACGCUGUCUCGGGCCUGUCCUUCCGCAAGGGGACACACCAGCUGUACAGCGCUUCCCAUGACCGCUGCGUCAAAGUCUGGAACGUGGCAGAGAACGCCUAUGUGGAGACCCUAUUCGGGCACCAGGAUGUCAUCACGGGGCUGGACAGCCUGAGCCGGGAGUGCUGUGUGACGGCAGGGGGACGGGAUGGCACCGUGCGGCUCUGGAAGAUCCCUGAGGAGACACAGCUCGUGUUUUCUGGGCACCAGGGCUCCAUCGACUGUAUUCAGCUCAUCAAUGAGGAGCACAUGGUGUCCGGCGCCGAUGACGGGUCUUUAGCCCUCUGGGGGCUGACAAAGAAGAAGCCUCUGGCGCUGGCUCGGCAGGCGCACGGCAUGCAGGAUGCCCAGGGCCUGGAGCAGCCCUACUGGAUCUCAGCGGUGGCCGCCCUGCGCAACAGUGACCUCCUGGCUACAGGAUCCCACAGCGCCAGCGUGAAGCUCUGGAAGUGUGGUGAGGGAUUUCGGAAGCUGGAGCACCUCUGGGACGUCCCCUUGGUGGGCUUUGUCAACAGCCUCAAGUUCUCAUCAUCUGGUGACUUCCUGGUGGCUGGCAUCGGGCAGGAGCACCGGCUUGGACGGUGGUGGAGAAUCAAAGAAGCCAAAAACAGCAUCUGCAUCAUCCCCCUUAAACAGAGAGCCACGGCCUCUGGCCCUGAAUCUCCUGGCAGCUCCUAGCCCCCAGUCGUGAAGCAGGUCAUUCUGUCCCUGGAGCUGCACCGUGAUGCAUCCUUGGUGCAGCCACCUCCCUGGGGCUGGCAGGAUGUGAGUAGGGGGUGUCACACAGCCUUGCUGGCCCCCGUGUUGUGAUGUGGCUCUGCCCUCUGCGAGGGUCUGUCCCCUUCCCUCAGGUUCGGCCGGACCUGAGCUCUGGAACAGUCCAUUUUGUAAAAAAAACAAACCACCAAAACGACUUUAUUUACAUAAAUUACAA